GCACUGUGCUUGAGAGAGACUUUCUCCUCUUCUUUUUUGUUUCACCCUUAAAAAAAAAGAGAGAGUAAGCAAUUAAGAAGAGAAAAACAAAAAUGGCGGGUGAUGAUCCUAAGCCAUCCGCUCCUAAAGACAACGGGUAUGAAGAUCUCUACAAUGACCCAUUUGAUGGGUUCGGGGGAUUUACCGACGAAGAUCUAAUAAAUAUUAUGUCAGACUUGAAUCCUAAUCUUAUGGAUAUGUCUUUCACGGAACACACAUCUCCUCCUGUGUUCCCUACCUUACCAUUAGAUGUGGACGACACUCAGUUACUUCAUGAAUUGGAUCUCUCCAUCACCAACUACGACAUCAAGGAUGAGUUUGAUAGUCUGUCUUGCGUGGACGAUGGUUUUACCAUCUCGUUGGACAUGUAUGACCAACCUAAUGAUGAUUUAAACGACUAUAAUGAUGUCCCAGGAGAGAUUGGUAAUGAUAAUGGUAAAAGCAUUGUUGAUGAAAGUACAAGACUUGAAGUGAGCACUCGAGUUUUCGGUGGUGCAAAUGGUCCAGACUUUGAUAUUGGUGGUUCAUCAACAAUGCCUGUCCCGGUUACACCGACAAUCUCUGAUGGAGUUCACGUAUGCGGUUGUUGUAAAAUGCUUCGAGAAUUAGUCCACCUCAAGAAAGAGGUGGAACGGAAUACGCUUAACAUCUUUGGAGGGAUUGGUUUCUUUUGCCAUGCGGUUCUUCUGACUGAACUCUUGUUUCCUGAUUCUAUGGAACGUCAACCUCAAACAAUUCAUCUACAAGGAUUAACGAUGGAGGAAGUUAAAAAGUUCAUAGAAGAUUAUUGCUCCCAUAGAGUAGCAAGUGGUUUAUCACUUGUGCGAGACACUAAUGCUGCUUUCUAUCAAGCAAUGAGUGCCAACUUCAUCUCUAACCAGUCAACGCCUAUGUUGACAAUACCAUCACCCACUGAUGUUCCAAUGUCUUUGGUUUCGCCUGAAGAAGCUCGCCCUGUUCCACCCGCGCCGCCACAUGUUGGACUGAGAGAACAAUCUACCACUAAGUUGCCGAAACAAAGGGAAAAGCGAAAAACCCCUCUCGCUGCACAGAGAGAAAGGACAAAACAAAUGACAUUGAAGGAUAUUUGUCAGCUUUUUGAUCUCCCAAUUGAACAAGCGGCGAAGGAGAUGAAAGUGUGUGUAACAGUUCUAAAAAAGAUCUGUCGGAAAGGAAGCCUUAGGCGGUGGCCUCACCGCAAAAUUAAGAGUCUCCAGGCAAAAAUCGAGGCAUUGAAGACUUUGUUACUCACGGCAACGGAUGGUGUAGUUAAGGCUCGUGCUGAAGCUGAGAUAGAGAGGCUGCAGCGUCAUAUAGACAAGAUUUGCAGUGACAUACUCAAAAAUAUGUAAUUUGUUUUUCAUUCAAAAUUCAAAGACUUGAUCUUGAUUACUACGUACAUUUCAUCGUUUCUUACGUUUUGAUACACACACAAUUAGUUGAAAGUUAAAUUUCUUGAAAGUUUCCAGCAUAACAAUAAUAAAUUUCUUGAAAGUUA